AUGGGACAGGCGUCACAACUUCUACAGAAAACCUGCCAUGACGGUGUAGGCGGCAUGCUUUGCCCACAGUUUGAUGCGUUCUCGCAGAUCACGGUUUGUUUCAUAGCCGAAAAGAGGGUGCUAUCAUGUGCCGCUGGCUUCAAAGCCAGGGUAGAAGCCAUAUGGAGGGUUCUGGAGCAUACUUACUCCAAUGCCGUUGUGAGAGACAAGCUUAAGACUCAGUGGAAACAGCUGAGACGUAAUCCAGCCGAGUCGUGCCGAGAUUUCAUCAGCCGUGUUCAGAACGCCCGAAAGGAGCUACAAUAUUCAGGAGCGCUGGUUGAAGACUCUGACGAAAUCAGUAUCUGGCGUAAUGGUCUCUUUGGACCCUACAAUGAUUGGGUGGGCCAGUACCUCGCAGUCGCAGCUGUUGAAGGACACCCAUACGGCCCUCGAUCUAUUCAGCAGUUGAGAGCUGAGAUUCAGAUCCGAGGCGAUGAGUACGAGGAUCGACACGGGAUAGUGGCAGUCCCAUCGACCUCCACGUCACUUUCUGCAGGUCCACCAGGGUCGUCCGAACAAGGAGGCCUAUACACAGCCACUCAGCAGCAAAGUCAAACUCGUCAGGAUCAACCUAUCAGCAAACCCACAGGGUCAGGUGCCAACGAUGCUAUGCCGAGGAUCAUACGGUAG